AGAGAGAAAUUAAUCUUGGCAAGGGCAGAAAUUAAUGCUUGUUCCGAAAAGCGUGUUUCCGCAUCAACGUUGCGUACCGGAAGCAAGAAAUGGACGCUUCGCCAGCAACGGACGUGGUUCAUCAAGCUAUAUUGACGCUGCAUCUUGAUCCCGUGUGCCAAAAUAAAGAGGCUGCCAAUAAAUGGCUGACGGAGCUGCAGCAGUCGGUAGUUUAUGCUUGGAAGGUUGCUGAUGAUUUAUUACACGAGAAACGGGAUCUUCUCUCUUGCUAUUUUGCUGCCCAAACUAUUCGAAAUAAGAUUCAGGCGUCAUUUGCGGAGCUACCUGUGGAGUCACAUGAAUCCCUGAGGAUCUCUUUGUUGCAGCAUAUCAAGCAUAUUACUCCUGAAACCGAUCACACAAUCACGCUGCAGCUUUCAGUUGCCAUGGCUGAUUUUGCCCUUCAAAUGACGAGUUGGGAAAAUCCUUUAUUGGAUCUAAUAUCGAUUCUUGCUGGAGAUCCACCGAAUCCUGAUGGGCAGCAUAUUUACGCCCUACUGGAUGUCCUCAAAGUUUUACCUGAGGAAAUAACAUCAAGACAUUUGAGAUUAGCCAGCGAAAGACGGGAAAUCUUGCGGACCAAUUUUGGCAAAAUGUUCGACGCUGUCGUACCCUUUGUUUCGCUUGAUAGACGACUAUUGGAUGAUAAGAAAUACACUGACAGCGGUGGUCAUCAUUCAUCAUCUGCCUCGACGCAGAAAGCGAUGCAAUGCCUGACUUCAUGGUUUGAAUUCGCCGUUUUGCCCACGCAGUCCAUGAACUUUGAGCCUAUUUUGCAGUAUGCUGUUACUUGUUUGACUGAUCGUUGGACCCCGAAUAUGGCUCACGAAAGAGCCGUUGAAUGUUUGUGUGCAGCAGUUGGAGUUUUCUAUGGAAUCCGAGACCAUUCCGACGAGCAUUAUGUAUUAGCUCGAUGGGUUCAAGAAGCCGCCUACACGAUGAUUGAGCCAUUCAACGUCUGCGUAGCCGAAGAAGACAUCGAUAAAAUUUUGGGAUUUGCGCGUCUAUUCUCUGAUCUGGCGGAUGCCCUGACUUCAGCCAUAAUUUAUUCGCCUGGCGUAGAUUUGGGAUCCUUACAAACGCUGGAAAUACUUCUUUUGUGUGCUGGACAUUUCGACCCUGAGGUCUGCAAUGUUACCUUCAAUUUCUGGUACAAUUUCGCUGAAGUUGUGCAUCGUCAUGAAGAUACGCACCUCACAGGACUUGUGAAACCUUACGUUAAAAGGUUGCUGAUGGCACUUCGUCGUCUCGUCGAAAUGGAACCGGACCACGAGGGAAUCCUCGAUGAAGAUACCGACUCGUACGACUUUCGACUUCGAGUCUCGGAGUUGGUGCGAGACCUAUCAUGUAUCGUUUCUCCUACGGAGUGUUCUGUGGAAAUGUUGGGACACAUGUGGCCGUGGUUAGAAACCAUUCGGAAAAGAGAAAUAGAUGGUUCUAACCCUGAUGGACGAUCUGGUUGGGAAUUGAUCGAGGCAUGUUACUUCAUGAUGGGAACCGUUGGUCGUUUGAUUCCGGCGACGGCGGAGGUUGUGGAUCCAAUGGUGGAUUCUGUGCUCAGUUUGCCAUCCAACUUCCAUGUUGCUAUUCGGGUUUCUGCGAUUUCUCUGCUUGGGGAAAUAUCUCAUUGUUUUGAACAGAGGGCCCAUCGGGCGAACGAAAUAUUUUCUUUUCUACUACUGUACUUGAAUGAUCCGAUCUGUGCUCAAGCUGCGGCGUCGUCCCUGGAAAAAGUCUCCAUGGUGUUUCGAGACCUGAUGGGCAUUGAUCAUCUGGAAGUUUUAUUCACUGCGUUGCGCAGUAUUGACGAGAAUAACACAGUUCCGCGGCAUAAUGUCGUGGGAGUUUUGGUGAGCAUAGUAUGCGUAGCCAGUCGUUUAUCACCGACGGAAUCCAAAGACAUCCUCCGAGAAGUGGUCCGAUAUCAUGUUGGACAUCUCUCCCAGCAUUGUACCGAUGGUGCACCUCGUAUUGCGGAUCCCACAAUGUGGCUGGACCGGAUUGCUGUGAUUGGAAGGCACAUGACGUCGUCCGUUGAACCAGGAAUGAUUCAUCCGUGUCGUGAUGUCGUUAUUGAAAUGUGGCCUGUAUUAGACGCUGUUCUGACGAAAUACGCCGACGAUUCUCGGAUCAUGGAAAGAACCUGUCGUGCUCUACGGUUUCUAAUCCGUGCCGUUUCUAAGCAAUGCAGUGAAUUGCUGACGCCUCUCGUGCCGAAGCUUGUUGAGGUGUACAAUGGCAAGCGACAUAGUUGUCUUUUGUAUUUGGGCUCCAUUCUUGUGGAUGAGUUUGGUCGAGAAUCUGAGUUCCAGGGUGGUCUCUUACUCAUGUUGGAGGCUUUGUUGCCGUCAGCUUUGGAGCUCCUGAAAGAUGCCGACUCACGCAAAAUGCACCCUGAUACGUUGGAUGACCUUUACCGAUUAUGCGGGCGAUUCGUUCAAAGGUUGCCUGGGCCUUUUCUUGUGUCAUCGUGCUUACCUAGUGUUCUCGAAGUGGCCCUGGUCGGGGUACUUCUCGAUCAUAAGGACGUGAUUAUUGCCAUUCAAAAGUUCUGGGUGGACUUCAUUCGAAUCGCAGGUCUACCAGAGGAUGAAGAUUCUCCGGUGCGCCACGUUCAGCUUGCGAAAGACAUUUUAUUCGAAAAAGGCUGUGGAGCGCAGUUGGUGUUGAACCUCAUCUUGGACGUCGUGGGCUGGAAUGGCUUUGGCUAUUCGAACUACUUUCUUGCAGAGUUUGCGGACGUGAUUUACAGUCUUAUGUCACUUGAUCGAGUAAAAAUGUGUCAUUGGCUGGAAGCUGCUCUAAAAGACGUUGCAGUGAAGAUGCAGGCUACGAACGGAAGCAUCCAGAUUACGCAAACGCAGCUUGUUAGCGUUCACAAAGCCAUUACCAGCGCCGAAGGAAUCAAGACCGUGGUACAAGGGCUGAAGAACUUGAAUCGAUUGUUUGCUUGA